AUUCCCUCUAAAUUCCCCCUCUCACACUCCUUUCUUCACUCCUAAAUUCUUUUUUAGGAGUGAAGUCUCUCCACAUUUCACUUCUCCCUACUUCCCAUUUUCAAACAUAACCGAAAUUUUUUAAAACAAACUCACAUAAAAAUGGAGAAGAAACAGACAGCAUUAUUAGUAUCAAUAGCAAACAUUUUCUGCUUUAUUAUAUCUUUCUUCUCCAUUUUCCCAUUUUCAAUUUCCGCACCAUCACAUAACUAUUCUGAUGCCCUCACUAAAUCCUUGCUUUACUUCGAAGCCCAACGAUCCGGUCGUCUUCCGUACAACCAACGUGUCACUUGGCGCGACAAUUCAGGACUAAUGGACGGUCUUGAACAAGGGGUGGAUUUAGUAGGUGGAUAUUAUGACGCGGGUGACCACGUCAAGUUUGGUCUCCCAAUGGCAUUCACGGUGACAAUGUUGUCGUGGAGUGUUAUUGAAUACGGUGAAUAUAUUGCCAAUGUAGGCGAGUUAGAGCACGCAAUCGAGGCGAUUAAAUGGGGAACCGAUUAUUUCAUUAAAGCUCACACUAGUCCUCACGUGUUAUGGGCCGAGGUGGGUGAUGGUGACACGGAUCAUUAUUGUUGGCAGAGACCGGAGGACAUGACGACGUCAAGACAAGCGUAUAAGAUUGAUGAGAACCAUCCAGGGUCGGAUCUUGCUGGAGAGACUGCGGCCGCUAUGGCCGCAGCCUCCAUUGUGUUUAAAAAGACUAACCCCCAUUACUCCCAUUUGUUGUUGCAUCAUGCCCAGCAGUUAUUCGAGUUUGGGGACAAUUAUAGAGGCAAAUAUGAUGAAAGCAUGGGAGUGGCAAAGAAUUACUACACAUCAGUUAGUGGCUACAACGACGAACUAUUAUGGGCCGCAAUGUGGUUGCACAAAGCCACCAAUAACCAGCGUUACUUAACUUAUGUGAUCGAUAAUGCACAUUUAUUCGGUGGCGUUGGGUGGUCCAUAACUGAGUUCAGUUGGGAUGUCAAGUUUGCGGGUAUUCAAGUCCUUGCAACUCAGUUGCUUAUUGAUGAAAAGCACAUGAAGCAUAAGCACAUAUUAGAACAAUACCAAUCUAAAGCGGAUUACUACAUUUGUUCAUGUCUAAACAAAAACAACGGUACAAAGCACAACGUUGCUUAUACUCCUGGUGGUCUCAUCUAUAUUCGACAAUGGAACAACAUGCAAUAUGUUUCCUCAGGAGCAUUCUUGACGAUGUUGUACUCAGAUUUACUUACCAAAUCAAACCGAAAAGAGCUCAAAUGCCACGGUGGAGAAGUAACUCCUCAAGAUCUUCUACAAUUCUCAAAAUCUCAAGUGGAUUACAUUUUGGGCUCUAACCCAUUGAAUAUGAGCUACUUAGUGGGCUUUGGCCCAAAAUUUCCUAGCAGAGUACACCAUAGAGGUGCAUCAAUUGUGUCAUAUAGAGAGAACAAAGGGUUCAUUGGGUGCACUCAAGGUUAUGACAAUUGGUAUGGGUCAAGCGACCCUAAUCCCAACAUCGUGGUUGGGGCAUUGGUUGGUGGCCCAAACCAUAACGACGAGUUCACCGAUAAACGGGGAAACUACAUGCAGACUGAAGCAUGUACGUAUAACACAGCACCACUUAUCGGGAUUUUUGCAAAGUUAAGUUAUCUAGAGAAUACUGUUUUACAUGCAUCUUAUUAAGCAAAGGCUUAUACGAUGAAAUCGUGUAUAGUAUUGUCAAUAGUAAGCGAGUUUUUUUGUGGCUUAAAUUUAGAGGCGAAGCUAGCGAGUUUUUUUGUGGCUUAA